GUCGGCGGGUAAACUAUGACCGAGCUGCCAUCACUGAAUUCUUAGGAGAUUCAUUACCAUUAGAAGAAGGCCAACAAUGUGAUUAUACCAGGUUGUGGUUAAGCCAGGAAACUGUUGGCGCUAGAUGGAGGGCCAUUCAUGAAAGGAGAGUUGCAAACUUACUCUACAUUCCUAACAGGUCAUUUCAGCUUGGAGUUGUUGGCACUCCUCGCAGAAUUCGUCGUACUGAUAUGAUGACGUUAGCCCAAGUCUGGAUGACAUUCUUACUAUUCAAUAUAGUGCCCUUUGGCCAUGUGUCUGACUUGAACAUGCCAAGAUGCAAUCUACUCUAUUGUUUAAUAAGAGAAGAUAUUACUGUUGAUGUGGCCAGCAUUAUCUCCGAGGAAAUUCACCGAUUUGUGAAUUAUGAGAUCAACAAAAACAAUCAGAAGCACAAAGGAGCUUUGGGCUUCCCAGCUUUAAUCACAACACUUUGCCAAGCCCAAGGGGUCGAGGUCGAAUUAACUUUGAAGAUUUAA